AGACUUUUGAAGAUUUAGAGAUGGCUUCUGAAUCUGUGGGAAAACUAACUCCAACUGCAGAUAGACCACAAAGUAGAGACUCUGUUUUGUCUGAUGUUCUGCCUAUAUCAUUUCAGGAAAAUUAUGAAGAACUUUUGAGUUAUGCUGUUUCAUCAGUUCAGUCCCCAAAGACCAUGCCAGGAAAGCAAUGUACAGCUCAAAGGAAAGAAAACCUUUCCAUAAAGAAAAACCUCACAAUACAGAGCUCUUCAUCGCCUUCUGCACUUAAACACUUGGAAGAUCAAAACAAACCUGUACAAGAAGAAAAAGCAAAUUUGAACCAGUAUUGUGAAGAUUCUGAUUUGAAAAGAAUAGAAACUGGCUUAUCUAAUUGGUGUGAACAACUAAAGGAAUUUAUUUUGUCUGAAGUGAUUCAUGUAAAGAUGCAAGUCCAAAACCAGUUCCAGCAACAGCUGGAUGAAGAAAGAAGAAGAUAUGCAUCAGAAAACAUCAGAAUGUGUAAAGAAAUGGAAGAACUGAACAAACUCAUUACUUCAUAUGAAGAUUCUCUGAAAAGAAAGGAUUACAUCAUAAAUAACCUUAGUAAAGCUGUUACAAAACAACAACAGAAACUUAACCUUCUGCGUAUAUUUUAUCAGUGGAAAAUCCAGUGUAUAGAUAAAAAACGUGAGACAUUCACAUCUGCAUUAGCAGAGAAAUACAGACAACGAAGACUUGGACAAAAAGCUUGCCAGGCGUGGCGUAGAUCUCUUGAAACCAGUUGGAAACAAAGAAUAGAAAAUAAAUAUCAAGCAAAAACACAAGAACUAUGUGAUGAGCACAAGCAAGAAGUUACUAAGUUGAAAGAAUCUCUUGCCAUUGCUAAGCAGGAACUUGUUGAUUUGACUAAUGAGAAGACAAAUUAUGAAAAUAACAUGAAACGAGCACUUAUGAGAGGUGUUUGUGCACUGAAUCUAGAGGCUUUGAGUGUAUUUUAUGGAUCUGAAGCUGAAAGUAAAGAGGAAGUAAUAGCUAAACCUCCAAGUUCUUCUGACCAUUCUUCUCCAAAAAUCACCAAUUUUACUGCUGGUGGUCAUCAUAAUGAAAACUUUUCCUGUAAAACCAGUACAGGACAAGAAAAUACCUGUACUCAAAAUUUCUGUAUACACUACAAUAAAUCUCCAUGUGCUUCAGUAAGCAGUGAGUCAGCUCUUCCAAAAGUAAAUGCCAUACCAUUGUCGGGUACAGUGCCAACUUCAGUGCUGUAUCCAACAGCGGCAGUUAAAAAAUCCUAUAGACAACUUAAAGAUGUGCUGCCAAGUAGCAGAGCUGAUGAGUUAUCUGUAGGAUCAUGCAGCAGAACAGGACUUAAUCCACCAAUGGCUUCUGUAGUUGUGGAAAGACACCUACCUAUAAAUAAAGAAACUCUUGGGCAUGCUAUGGCUAUAAAGUAUUCACGAACAAAGAAUACAAGGACCACUUCUAAUCUACAAGGAAAUGUGUGAUUUUAUUAAAAUAAUGGCUGACCCUUAAAUCUCACACAUUACAGAUUGGUCAAAGAACUGAAAUCUCUCAAAUUUGAACUCUUGCUAAAACAUUCAACAUAGUUUCUUUAUAUUGUGAAAUAAAAUCAGACUAUUUUCUGUUUAACUGUUUUACAUUCAGCAACAGGUUAAAUAUUAUGAUGACCAACAUUGUGUUUUAAAAAUUUAUCACAUUAAGCACUGCCAUGUGAUGAAGGAUUAUUGUAACAAAACUAUUAAAAUAACAUUUCUUAUA